UUAUUGUGUACUUUAUUUUAUUUGGUCGGUGACGUCAUUGACAUGCGCCGGUACUCUCGAUCUGUGCACGAUAAAGGGCACUAGUGGUUGGUGAUCAUAAAAACACGUGCCUUCACCCUUCAUACAUUUAACCCAGGUAGAAAACUGGUUUUGUUGCUGUUUUUCUAAGAACUUUUGGCUAUCAAUUAGCUACGGAUAACUUGCAAAAACAGGGACCGAAAACUGAACUCACAGACUUGUCGCUCGGUGAAGUUGUCUCUGCGAGCGCCCGCUAAGCAUGUUUGUUUACUUGGGGAAUCCGGAAGGGCCUGAGGCUGCCUGCAAAUGCUAACGCGCCCGCUAGCUCCAUUGUGCAACGUUCGUUCAUCUGACAGUGUUGACCUUGCAGCGGGUAAGAUGGCUAAUAUACGUUAUCAAUACAGCAACAGUCGAUUGAACUUUAUGGCUGCAUUAGGGCCCUGAUUGAACACACACAUCAUGGCAACUGAGGCUGCAGUCUCCACCCCUGGUCGUCCUGCAAUCCCCAACCACUCUCAGGGGGACUAUCACUUUGUCCGCUCAUUCGUAGCUGGAGGUAUAGCUGGAUGCUGUGCCAAGUCCACCAUCGCUCCCCUGGACAGAGUAAAGAUCCUACUGCAAGCCCAUAGCCCCCACUACAAAGAUCUGGGAGUGGUAGCCACUCUCCGUGCUGUGCCAAAGAAGGAGGGUUACCUGGGGCUGUAUAAAGGCAAUGGGGCUAUGAUGGUCAGGAUAUUCCCCUACGGAGCCAUCCAGUUCAUGGCCUUCGACAAAUACAAGAAGAUCCUCAGUAAACAGCUGGGCAUUUCUGGACACAUCCACAGGCUAAUGGCCGGUUCUAUGGCAGGGAUGACAGCAGUGAUAUGUACGUACCCUCUGGAUGUGAUAAGAGCCCGUCUGGCAUAUCAGGUGAAAGGACACCAUCGCUACACAGGCAUCGGAAAUGCCUUUCAGACGAUAUACCUAAAGGAAGGAGGCAUCCCUGGCUUCUACAAAGGUCUCAUCCCAACCCUUAUAGGCAUGGCUCCAUAUGCAGGGUUCUCGUUCUUUACCUUCGGCACGCUGAAGAGUCUAGGUCUGGUCCACUUCCCAGAGCUACUGGGGCGACCGUCCUCAGACAACCCAGAGGUGAUGGUGCUGAAGACCCAUGUCAACCUGCUCUGUGGAGGGGUGGCUGGAGCUAUCGCACAGACCAUUUCCUAUCCUCUAGAUGUUGCCAGGAGAAGGAUGCAGUUAGGAGUUGUACUUCCUGAUUCUGACAAAUGUCUUACCCUGACCAAGACUCUGAAGUAUGUGUACAGUCAGUAUGGGAUGAAGAAGGGUCUGUACAGAGGGCUGUCUCUCAACUACAUCCGCUGUGUGCCCUCUCAGGCUGUGGCCUUCACCACCUAUGAGUUCAUGAAGCAAACCCUCCACCUCAACUAGCUGCUCCCUCCCCAUCCAUCCAACUCCACCCUUCAUCUCUGCAUAGCUGGAUUGGGGCACGUUCACUAAGGCUAAACACUCUGAAACGUUUAGAGAGCAAAAGAUCUCUAGUAGUGGUCUAUCUCAAAACAGCCUGACCAAGAGCAAUCACUGGGGCUAUACAUUCUGAAAUGUUUAAGAACUUCCUUAGAAACUCCCUGCAUUUCAACACAACCUGACCAGGGAACUAUAAAUUGGACAACAUUUUUCUGAAUGUCUUUCAGUGCCCUGAAUAUUCCUUAUUAGAUGUGUUAAUUUACCCUAGUUAACCUUUUCUGUUUUAAGGAGGUCGGCUUCCGCUUGGAGGUAUUGAACUCUGCUACCAGAGGAGGCCAUUGAGGCUCAGCCACGGGAGCCACGCUGAGCCCAGUCGCUCUUUGCCCCAGCCGGAAAGCAGAUGAAGGCACUGGGCCCCAUGGCAAUGCCUCAAAACAACUGGCAUUGCCAAUCCAGUGCCCCUGUCUGUUCUCAGCUCCUGCUUUUGUGAUUCUCUCCCUCUUAUGUCGUUCUAAAACCGCCCAACCUGUGGCUGUGGACAACACCCCGGCAACUAUUGCCAUGGAUACCUAUGGACAAUGACUCCCUCUGCUUCGAUGAGUGGCUAUGUGCAAUGAACCCCGUUGGUAAUGGCAUAGCAACCCAAUUCUGUACACUGCCUCCCACCCUACCUAAGAAGUCACACAGACAUUAACGGAGGGGAAAGUCACACUGGGCAAUCUGCCUUAACAUAAUCGGAGGUCUUCUUUUCCCCAUGUACCUACCUGACACUAGUGAGUACAAACCUAGACACAUAAAAUAAUGAGACAUGGA